CGAGUACAACUUUAAAUGCAACGAGUAGUAUCGAAACAAAUAAGUUGACAUUCGAAAAAACGCGCAAAUAGCUGUGACGCUACAUUAAAAUUCGCAAAAAAAUAUAACAAUCGCACUGCUUUUAGAAUAUUAGUGAAACCAGAAUACUACAAUGGCGUUUGUUCGCACAAAGCACGCAACACGGGACCAUUUACCGCACUUGAUGAGCAAUGUGCCAGAGGAACAUCAAGACCCAAUCAAACAAAUGUGCCUCAAAAUGAUGUCGCAUGAUGCCUAUGGGAAACCCUAUCAGUGGAGCACUAGAGAUUUCGAGUUGGGCGCGCCCUUGGGACGCGGCAAGUUCGGACGCGUCUACUUGGCACGCGAGCGUCACUCCCAUUACAUGGUUGCCAUGAAGGUGAUGUUUAAGGAGGAGCUGCGCAAGGGUAACGUGCAGCGGCAGGUGCUGCGUGAAAUCGAAAUACAAUCGCGUCUCAAGCAUCCAAAUAUACUGCGACUGCUAACUUGGUUCUACGAUGAUUCCCGCAUUUAUUUGGCACUGGAAAUAGCGUCCGAGGGCGAACUAUUCAAGCACUUGCGUAAUGCGCCCAAACAUCGGUUCGACGAGCCACGGUCAGCGAAAUACACCUACCAGGUGGCCAAUGCGCUUAACUAUUGCCAUCUCAACAAUGUCAUACAUCGCGAUCUUAAGCCAGAAAAUAUCCUGCUGACGGGCACAGAUGAUCUGAAGUUGGCAGACUUUGGCUGGUCUGCGCAUACGCCCAACAACAAGCGCAAAACCCUGUGCGGCACCUUGGACUAUCUGCCGCCCGAAAUGGUCGACGGUCGCUCCUAUGAUGACAGCGUUGAUCAGUGGUGCUUGGGCAUUUUAUGCUAUGAAUUUCUGGUAGGCAAUCCGCCCUUUGAGUCCAACAGCUCUGAUAAUACGUAUGAGAAAAUCAAGCGCUUGGAUAUUCAUUAUCCAUCGCAUAUGUCAUCCGGCGCAAAGGAAGUAAUUUCAGGACUUUUGCGUCGACAGAGUCAGGGUCGCAUCAGCCUGGUGGAGGUUAUGACUCAUCCGUGGGUGAAGGAUGGCAUGGCCAAACGUGCUGCUCAGCUUCAACAAAGGAACAACGAACGGGGCAAGGAAAAUUUGGCUAAGAAUUAGCCAGCCCCUCAACACUUCAUUUAGAUUACAUAUGGAUUUUGUCUCUUGUAAUAAAUUAAUAAAAAUGUUUUAAAUUAA